AUGUUAUGGAGCCCAAUCGACGAGAAAGGCAGACGAGCCACAACAACUGAAGAUCUAGCCCUCGAUCCCCUCAGCUACUCUGGCAAUGCAGUCACUGCCGCUUACUAUCACCACUCUGUGGCUCUCCCACUCAAAUCGCUACAGCCAUUGGUCUAUAACACCCUGUCCCGAGUGGUACUAGAACUUCCUGCAAUGGGGCCAACCCUCCACCACGCGAUACAAUUUAUUCAACUACGGGAUGGUCGAGAAGAAGAGGUGGAUAGGCUGGUGGAAGAACAACAGAACAUCGGGUUCCCGGUACGAUCUGAGCAAGUGCCAUCCUGGCGUCUGAUUAUUGCAUACCCAUCUGGGCGAAGUACCAUAUCUGAUAUGGUAGCUUGCUUUGUAGUAGGUGCGUCCGCCAAAGAUCAGUUAUGCGCGGUGGAGUUCCAUCGAUCAUUCCUGGCUGCAUUGUUGCUGGCCAACGAGGCAAAAUUGUCGAUACAGCCAUCGGAAUACCUCAGCCCCAAAGAUUCAAAAGGGCUGUCUGGGAUUUCUACAUCACGGCCGGGAAAGCAAACCAGCCAUAUUCAACGUCACUCUCGGUUCAAAACAGUGAAACUUGGAACCGCAGACACUGCCUGUCUCCUGGUGGGUUGCCUUUCUAGAAAGAUCGAUAUCACCGGUGUCAUGCAAGCAGUCCUCGCGGCGUCACUGUUUGCUAACUUAACGUCGGAAUUCUCUACCCUCCAUACUGCAGGGCAGAUAUUGCCUAGUGGCACCAUCAAAAAGAGUCCGGUCCGCAUACCCUGCUCUAGAUAUAUUGCGAUACAUAACAGAGCACAGGGCUGGCCCGUGGCUUCUAUCUGGAGCGAGGCUCGGCGCAUCCACACAGCCUCCAAGGCCGAGCUAAGCGGAAAGCCGAGAAGCAGCAGCCUAAUAGGGGUUCUUCGGCGUGAGGGAGGCUCUAGCUUGUUUAAUACGAACGACAAUGAAGAGACUAGUGAGGUCAGUGUUGCGGUAUCGAGCGUGGGAAGCUUCCGGGAUCCAAAAUCACCCGAAUCCCAAGAGCAGGGAGAAUGGAAUAUAGGGAGGAUGAUAUCCAGCAAUGAUAGUAAUGAUAUCGGUGCUGCUCUCCGUAUCACACUGGUUGUUGGAGGAGAUGGGUGUUUAACAAUGGGAUUUUCUUGGCUAGAAGGUGUCACCCAGGAGGUUUGGCUUGACCGGGUUAUCGUCACCAUGAAAAGACUGACAAGAGAGCUUUUGCGCAACAAUGGUGGCCCGGAAACAAAACCAAUGACACCGGAGACACUCCCCUGGGGAGGUUCAGUGUCUCGGCUUGUCUGUGUAGUUAGGGACCUUAUAUUGGAUUGA